AUGAGGGGGUUUGGUACUUUGGCAGCUCGCCCAGGGAAAACUGCCAGGAAGCUAGGUGGUUCAUCUACAAGGCCACAACAGCAGAUGCCAAGUCUCUAUGACCGAACCACAAAGCUGGAAGAGACUCUAGCUCAAUUCAUGCAAGUGUCAAUGUCAAACCAAAAGAGCACGGAGUCUACAAUUAAGAAUCUGGAAGUUCAGGUGGGCAAGCUUGCAAAGCAAUUAGCUGAAAGACCAUCCAGUAGCUUUACAGAAAACACGGAGAAAAAUCCUAAGGAAGAAUGUAAAGUUGUGAUGACUAGAAGCAGAAUGGCAACUCAAGCUGAGGAAGGAAGAUCUAAUAAGAAGGUGGAGGGAUUUAAACAACAGUUGGCUGAUCAUCCGGCACUGGAACUAGUUGAUGAUUUAGUUGAACUUGAAGAAGUUGUUGAGGAAGCAAAAGAUAAAGAGCGACACUUAGCUAGAUUUCUUGACAUCUUCAAGAAACAGGAAAUUACUUUGCCUUUUGGAGAAGCACUUCAGCAAAUGCCCCUCUAUGCCAAAUUUUUGAAGGAAAUGCUAACCAAGAAGAACCAGUACAUCCAUAGUGACAAAAUUGUUGUGGAAGGUAACUGUAGUGUUGUCAUUCAACGCAUCCUUCCACCCAAGCACAAAGAUCCUGGAGUUGUCAUGAUACCGUGUUCUAUCGGUGAGGUUGCUGUAGGCAAAGCUCUCAUAGAUUUGGGAGCUAGUAUCAAUUUAAUGCCUCUCUCCAUGUGCUGGCGACUUGGAGAGAUGGAAAUAAUGCCCACACGCAUGACCCUCCUGUUAGCUGACCGCUCCAUCACAAGGCCAUAUGGAGUCAUUGAAGAUGUUUAG